AUGGGCGCUCAUGGUUCCAGUUUGGAUGAUAUUCUGGCAGAAGACAUGCAUCACUGGUACAACAAGUUCAUGAAGGAGUCUCCGUCGGGCCUGAUUACCCUCUUUGAGCUGAAGACCAUGUUGGAAAUGCAGGGAAUGACUGAGGAGGCCAGUAGUUAUGUGGACCAGGUGUUUUUCACCUUUGAUAUGGAUGGGGACGGUUAUAUCGAUUUUGUGGAAUAUAUAGCAGCUGUAAGUCUUUUACUGAAAGGAGAAAUCAACCAAAAACUGAAGUGGUAUUUCAAGCUCUUUGAUCAAGAUGGAAAUGGAAAAAUUGACAGAGAUGAGAUGGAGACCAUAUUCAAGGCUAUCCAAGAUAUUACCCGCAUUUACGAAAUCCCUCCCGAAGACAUUGUGACUCUCAUUUAUGAGAGAAUCGAUGUCAACGGUGAAGGUGAGUUAACUUUGGAAGAGUUUAUCACUGGAGCCAAGGAACAUCCUGACAUUAUGGAAAUGCUCACCAAAAUGAUGGAUCUCACUCAUGUUUUGGAGAUCAUUGUCAAAGGCCAGCAGAAAAAAGUCUAA